ACCGGAAAUCAUUUCUCUCUGAUAAACAACAUGGCUGAAUAUCUCGCUUCGAUUUUUGGAACAGAAAAGGACAAGUAAGACUUAUUAAACAUUUUAAAGAAUGAUAUUUACCAAGUUUCUAUACCAUUUAACCAAGUUGAGUACCAAUUUGCUUUAGUGAGCCUUGCUAUCAAUUUGUAAUCCUAUAUACCUUGCAAACGAUUCGAAAAAGGCAUACCUCACACCACAUCCGCUGUAGUUAAUUUUUCGUAUUUUACUAAAAAUAACCAUGCCAUAACCACGAUAUAUCAAAAUAUCAUGGUAAAUUUUGAGGACGAUGCCCGGGGUUUCCCAUCAAGGCCGCCAUCUUUGUUGACAUGAUCCGUGAGAAGGUCACGGACCAUAUCAACCAAGAUGAUGGCCAAGUAAAAAAAAAAAGAAGUGUAAAGACAUGUGUUGUGAAAAAGGGAACAGUUGGGAAUUAUUUUUUGCCAUUUUUUCUUUUUUUUUUUUACCCUUUUUCUUAGUUUUCGUGGGCAGAUGAUGGACGUUGUGGAGAUGAUGGCCAAGUAAAAAAAAAAAAGAAGUGUAAAGACAUGUGUUGUGAAAAAGGGAACAGUUGGGAAUUAUUUUUUGCCAUUUUUUCUUUUUUUUUUUUACCCAUUUUCAUAGUUUUCGUGGGCAGAUGAUGGACGUUGUGGGGUAAAUUUACGCAGAUGAUGGACGUUAAAUUUACCGCCCGUUUUUUGAAUCGUCUGGAAAGUCAGGGCGAAAAGAGUGUGAUGGAUUGGUUAAUGAAUGAUGGUCUAGGCAUUUCGAUAAACGCUUGCGCAUUCAGUUUGCUCAUAUGGAAAAAAGACGCAAAAACUGAAGUAGCCAUCUUACAGUCGCAUCUACGGUGACCUCGGAUUUAUGCGUUUUACGUCACAGUUUCCUAUUUGUAUAUUUAUUUUGUCAUCAAUUACGAUAAAAAAUUUUCUUCCGGUGACGCACAUAUCUUUAGACCAACUUGCUUUAUCUCUGUUCUUUUUUUGUGUCACUUUGACGGUUCGGUAAGCUAUAAAAAUGUAUAAAUACUCCUUUUUAGCAAUAAAAUGACAUUAAAACCUUUAAAAAGGAGUUAAGCAUUCAAAUGGGGUGGGGAAUAACUUUGAAAUAGUCCAUAUUCUAUUUUCUAGGUUAAUAUAAACCUUUCUUAUUUUCAUCACGGUCUCAUCACCGGAGGGAAAAAAUAAAUUUCUCCGUAUUUUGUAUCUUCACCGGAAACGAAAUUCGCUCUCAGUAUCAGUCAAAAGAGAGUUUUAAUAUUCCAUAAUCUUUUAAUAUCUGAAUAAAUCUAAGUAAAUUUUCAUUUUAGAAUACAGAAAUCGAAAAUAUAAAUAAAAUCUAAUAUAAGUUUGCUUCCACCAACUAUUUCUAGGCCUACAACUACAAUUAAACUAUAAUUUAUAAGUCUAUUCUUCUAAGCUUAGCCACUAAGCCUAAGUUUAGUAAGUUGUACCGGUACUAUUUACUAAUCUCUACUAUAAUUAUAACUAUUAAUAUUAAGCCCCAAAGUUUAAUAAACUAAUACAAAUUUUCUAAUACUACAUAAGGCCUAAUUUACAUAUUCAAAUUGUUAUCAUAUUGAUAAUUUCCAAAUUUGGUAAAGUAAAGAGAAAUUAAAAUAGUUUUAAUAAUAAUAAUUAAAUAUUAAUAGUAUAUGAAAGAUUUAUUAAAAUACAUCAAAUUAAUAAACAAUACUCAAACAAAAUCAUCAUAGUAAUUAUAUUUUUAUUAGGACAUAGCAAAGCAGUACACAGACAAUUAUUUGAUAUAUCAAAUUAAAUAACAUUUUUGAACUUAGUUUCAUCAUCAUGGACAUUGACGAUUUCAUUUGAGUAAUAAUUUUUAUUUAUAAUUACAUGCGUUCAAUUUUAAAUAUAAAAAAGACUUACUUACCUUUUAAUAAAUAGAAUAAUUGAUUUAAGAUUUAACACAAGCAAAAUAAAAUUAGUUAAAAUUCAAUAAACAUGUUAUUUUUUCGUUUUUUCCUGUAUAAAUAAUGAUUUUCCCAAUUUUUCUGUUCACUUUUUUCUGAACAUACCCUUAAAUAAAUUUUAAAAAAAAUAAAAGUCUUGAUGUUAUACAAAAGUUUUGUUGUUUAUUGUGUUGUAUAUUGCAUUGAGAAUGUCUCCUGAAAAUUUGGUAGCAUUAUCUUUUAAAAUCAAAAAGUUUUGGGCAAAAUAAGGCAGAAAUUUGUAAAGUGAGUCACACAUUUUUUCAGUUAAAUACUAAGAUAAAGAAGGGGUUUUUAAAAAAUCACCAAAAAAAUCAUAACUCCACUUCUAUAAAAGAUAGAAAGCUGAAAUUGAUGUUGUUGUAAAGCUUAUAGCUAGCCCUUUAAAAUGAUAUAUAAUUCAUGGCAAUCAGACAAUAUUUAAAUUUUGUGUCAAAGUACCUAAAUGGUCUCAUUUCAGACCGGUACGAAUGUCCCAAUUGUAAAAAGGGCAUGAAACUGUGCAAAAUCGGGUUUUCAGAUGGGUUUGCAUGGAGGUGUCGCGACUAAAGCCAUGGCAGUAUUAUUCGUAGUAUAAGGAAGGGAUCGUGGUUUAGUGACAGUAAAUUGACAUUUAGUGACAUUCUAUUAUUGACACACUUUUGGGUGAAAAAACUGCCUUUGGGAAAUAUUGCGACAGAAGUGGGGGUUAAUCCAACUACAAUAACCGACUGGGUCAGCUUUUGUAUGUGCUGAAGCGUGGUGUGUUUUGGUGAGUGAGAGCACUAAAGCCGCAUGCUUGGGCGGAAUGGGUAAAACCACCUCUACCACUAAAGCUGCAUAUAAGAAUUAACCCACUGUAUUGAAAAUGGGAGAAAAAAAACAAGAACAAAAAAUAAUUAUUAAAUAAAGAAUUGAUAAAAACCCAACUUACAAUUUCAUGAAUUACACUUUUUACACACUUUAUUUCAAGUUCCACGGAAUAUAAUAUCCAGUAAUAUCAAAAGUCGUUGCAACAACAAGAUGACAAGUGACGUAGCAUUUAAUCACACCGUUUAAUCAUAUCCGCAUAAUUUUAAAGUACCCUAUAAGAAAUUAAUUUCUCUAUUUUACAUCAGUAUUUGUAACAUUCUAAAAAUUCCACACUCUUAAUAUGAAUUUUAAAAACAUAAAAUUAAACUUUUAAAAACAUAAAAUUUAACUUUUCUUAUAAAAUUCGUUAAUUAUUCACAUGAAAUCUUGUUCCAACCAGUUGUUAAAAUAUUCCUUCACCGCCGCACAAAUAUUUAAUAAACAUGCAAAUGACUUAUAAUGACAUCAUGGGCAUGCCGACACUUCAUCCCAUGAAAAUAAACAAAUAAACAAAGGGGAAAAACUCCUGCACACUAUUGAGUAAACACGGAAAAGCCGCCAUGGGCACUGUUCUCAGGAAAAGCCAAUAUCAUUCUUAUUAAUGAUGAUGCACUUGACUUACACAAUUAGCAGACUUAACUUCACUAUAAUACUAUGCACACUGCUCACAGUAAUAAUAAUUAUUUGACCUGAACACAGGUCACAGCACUGACUGCAGAAAAGUACUGAACACUCAUAAAGUCAUAACACUGAAUUUGAAUAUUAAAAAUAUUUUUUUUUAUUAGUAAAACAAGUCAACUCCUAAAUCAAACAUUUGUAUGACCCAGCUGUAAAACUAUAUGAACUAUAUAAUUGUCUCCUAGGCCUAGGCUAAUUCAGAUUGAUCAGCCCGUAAUGUCAUUUGCGUGUUUAUUAAAGUUGCAGUGAAUUAGGGUUAAGGUUAGGUUUAAGGAUACACUUAGGGUUCAGGUUAGGUUUAGGGAUAGAUUUUAGGGUUCAGGUUAGGUUUAGGGAAACAUUUAGGGUUCAGGUUAGGAAUAGUAAAGUUUAGAGAUACAUUUAGUACAUAAGUUCGUGGGUUGUGAUAAACAAGAUGGCGGCCGCGGGCUGACCUCUCCGAAUUUACUGUCUCCUAUACUAUAUAUACUUUCAUACUAACCCUGAAUGAUAGGUCUAUAUAAUAAUAAUAUAUAUGUCCAGCAAUGUUCCCUUUAAGCUGCACGGCCGCGCAGCUAUCUCGCAGACGCCGCGCAGCGCAGCAAAUUCCAUGUAAGUGUGUGUGAGUGUGUGGGCUGUAAAAGUUUGCACACAAAAAAAUUGAUGCUGUAAAACUUUACACACAACUGUAUGAUUUUGCACACGAACCAGCAAAGCUUAGAGCAGGGGUCGGGAACAUGGCUCUAUUGAUGGCUGCAUCAAACACCUUUGAUUAGCAACAACAUAAAAAUGAUAUUAAAAAGAAUUCAUAGACAUAAUUAAUAAUGCAUUUUUAGUGUUUAAAUUACACAAAACUCAUACAAUCAUUUGAAUUUUUAGUUUUAAACAUAAUGUAUGGCUCUCACAGAGUUACUUUUCAAAAUAUGUGGUGUCCAUGGCUCUCUCAGACAAAAAGGUUCCCGACCCCUGCCUUAGAAGGAACAUUGAUGUCCAGUAUACCAAAAAAAAAGGCUGAAAAUAGCCUUCACCAAUUUCAAGGCCUUCAUUCAUUUCACCACAUUUGGUGUGAAUGUAGCUUCAGUGGUUUUGGCAAAAAGCCUAGAAUUUAGAUUUCUGUAUCUGUACCGCUGGUGAUGUCUUCCAAGGUAUAGUAUAAGUGUAAGCAUAUGUUAUGGAGGUUCCCCUGGCCAACUACAACUACAAGCCAUUGUUCUGUAUUGUAUUGGAAUGAUUUCAACUUUUUAGCUCUGUAUUUAUUUGUUCCCCUCCCCAGAUUAAAUUAUUUUGUUUGUUAUUUUAUAUUUGUCUUUAAGGUUGGAGAGGGGUCUCUUUUGGAGAAGGAUGAGACCACUCUUGUGAAAAAAGAUAAUGUAAACCAAAUAUUUACCCCAAAAAGUUAUUUGUAAAUGAUCAAUUAAAAAACUAUUUUAGUAGGUUUUUUUUUAGCUAUGAAUUUAAAAACAUCAACUUGUGAAAUAUGAAAAUAUCAUUUCCUUUUUUUAAUGGUCUUUCUAUAAAUAUCAACCUAAUUUCUUUUUAUAAAAGAUUUUGACCUUGUAGUUUGACAUAUAAUUAUAAGCAAAAUUGUAAAAUAUAAGUGUAAAAUAGACCUUAUUAACUUUAUUGUAUGUGUCAGAUAUGUAGCAAGACCAGAUGAUGACUUCACAUAUUCUCAUUUUCUUAAAUCAUAUCAUAUACAUAUAUAUAUAUAUAUAAAAGUGAAAGUUUGUGGGUCUGUCUGUUCCACAAAGGCUUUUACAUGGAUUGAUGGAUCUUGACCAAACUUGGCACAUAUAUCCAUAAUUAUCCAGAAGGAACUCUUAAGGGGUUAUGAACUUUUUAUAACAUUCCCCGAAUUUAUUUUUUUCCUUAUAUGCGCUAUAUAAAUAAAAUUAACAACAAUCACUCCUACAUGAAUGGAUGUAUCUUGACCAUACUUAGUACACAUACACUUUAUUAACCAUCUUCAUAUACAGACGUAAUAUCCAUUCAUUUCAUUUUUUCUUAUAUAAGCUAUAUAAAUAUCAAUAGGCUUAGACAACACUAUAGUUUCUAUGUGAAUUGAUGGAUAUAGACCUAGCGUUGAAGCAAUACCCUUCAUUGUCUGUAUUGAAAUAUCGGUGGAUUUAAAACUAAUAAUAUCCAUUCUACAAUUUUCCAGAAAGUUCGAUUAUUUUAAAAAGCUAUAUCUAUGGCAUUUUUAAGUAGAUUUUAAUGGGGCCAAUUUUAAAUUUUAACUCUAUUUUUAUCAGUCUGAUAUUUGUAGGGCCCCUUAUCUCAGGCAUAACUAAAUCAUUGCAGUUAUGGAAUGGGCCCCCUGGGGCACCUUGAAUAACUUAAAAGAAAAAGGAUUAUAAAUAUAGCAUUUGUUGAAGAUUUUAUCAUAUUUAAAAAAAUAAUUAGAAAAGUAGUUUUUACACAUGUUUUGAGCAGGUUAUUAAAUUUAAUCAAAAAUAUUUCAAAAAAGUCUAAAUUGUUACAAGGAGAUAUAUAGUGGGAUAUAAGGGAUAAUUGAAAUGUUAGUUAGUUCUAUUCAUUUCUAUACUGCCCUGGAGUUUACUGUUCUCUCAGUACCACUGAAGAAUUUUUUUAUACGGGAUCCCAAAUGGGUCGGGAUCCCAUCAUAAUCUAUAUCCCAACAGGAUCAGGAUUCCACCAGAAAAUGGGAUCCCAUUGGGAUCCAAACCUUGAAUGGAUCCACCGGGAUCAGAAUCACACCGGGAAACGGGACUGCGCCAAGAUCUGUGUCAGAAUGUGGUCCUAAUGUAAUCCUGUGCAACGCGGGGUAUAUAGGCUAGUAUAUAAUAACCGCGGACCACAAUUAUAGCCAUUUAUUGGAUAUUUCAUAGAUAACAUUGUAAUUUGAUGUCAAUGGCAUGUUGAUAGCACAUAUUGCAUUUACCUAAUUUGAUACAAUCCUAUAAAAAACACCCAAAAUUCUAUUAAAAGCAAAGAGACCAGGGUUUCUUUACCUUAUUAGUUCUUUAAUUCCCUUUGCUUUUCAGAUACCUUCUUAAAAUAAAGUCUUUAAAUACAUAUGAUUUUUUUUUCCCCCCCUUUGAAACCUUAGGUUAAAAACUUUGACCUAGAGUUAAGUUUAUAUCGAUAAUUCAUUUUCCAUAAGCCGAUGCAUUAAAAAAGUUAAUUACUAAUUAUCUGCCCAUUUAUUCGUGCUAGCCUUUAUAGACUGUUGGAGCUCUGAGCAGAGCUGGAGCUAGCAAAACACGUUAUCAUAGAGCAAAGAAAAGAUUCUGCUCCAACAUUCCAAUCCUAGGCUUAAUAUUAGGCAUUAUGGUCAUUACUUAAACUAUUUUCAUUAAUUUUUCCAUUCCCAAGGACUGGGCAAACAGAUAUAUCCUUUUUUGUAAACAAUUAACAAAUGGGGAAAAGACCAUUUGCAGACAUGAACUUAAUGCAAAAAUACAUAUAUAAACAUUCAUAAAAAAUUUAACCAGAGCUUAACCUUUACGCUCUAGUUAGGCUUCUGAGAAAUGAUGAUGGCAGGCGGUGAAGAGGAAGAAAGGAAUUAUUGUUUAGAAUGGUCCCGUAGUCACCUUCCUUUAAUACAUCAGGUAAAUUCCUUGAUGCUGAUCAAUUAUUUAUUUGUCCCUUUGAAAACAAUUUCCUAGCUCUUGAAAAAUUUGUUGAGGAUUGACCUUUGUCAAAUGUAUUUCAUUAAUAUAAAUGAUAGCAAAUUUUAAGGUUUCCCUAUAUUAGGUUUUUUGGAAUCGUAAUCUAUACAUUAUUUCAUUCUUUCUCCUUUGUCUAAUCAGCUUGUAUUUAUUUAUUUUAAAAAUAUAAAAAUUAAAUAAUUCAUUAUAUAUUUAAACAGUAAACUAAAUUUUGUUACAUUUGUCACCUCUUCACUAUUUCAAAACAUUUAAAUUUAAAGGAAAUUUGAUAAAUAUGCUUUAGUAGUUAGCACUUACUUUUACACACUAACUUGACUUUUCCUUUGUCACUCAGUCUUCACAAUGGUGCUUAGCAGUAUGCCUAGUACCUAUUUUAAAAUUAAGUAUUUAUAUCUCUACAGUCUACACUAAUGUAAUGUCCCUGAACAUGGAUCACAGCCAUAAUCAUUGACUUUGGCCCUGGCCAGGAAUUCUAGUUUUCAAUCAUAACCUGAGAUCAAGAGUCGUAGUUGUCAUAGUCAUUGACAUAAGGCCCUGGGUCAUAGUAAUUAUAAUUGCUUGGGUCAUAGUCACUGAUGAGGCCCUAGCCAUGGGUUAAGUUGUCAUAUUCAUGAACUCGAGGCCCUGGUCAUAGUUAUCAUAGUCAUUGCCUUGAGAGCCAAAUAAGUAUUUAUAAUAAGUAUUUGCAUUCCAUGCUCAAGAGAAUCUUGUCCCACCAUCAUCAUUCUUAGGCCUGAGACUAUUAGUAUUACCAUUAUGGUGAGCUUAAGAGUUAUUGGUUAAAAUUUCAGAUAUCUCAAUUAUUUAAAUUUGAUUUUUUCAGUUAAUGUGGUCUGUACACUAAUAUUUGCACUCUACCAUACUAUAGGAGUACAUACUUCUAGCAUACUUCCGUUUUGAUUUAAAAUUAUUUCAACUAUUUUUAAUUAUUGCCUGUAAUAUUUCAGAGUAAAUUGUUCAUUUUACUUCAAAAUUGGAGCAUGUCGUCAUGGUGACCGCUGUUCACGUCUUCACAACAGACCAACUUUUAGUCAAGUAUGUAUCAUUUUCAUAUUCUGUCCUAAUUCUAUUUAAAUCUUAUUGAAAUUUUUACAUUUGCAAUGUCCUGUUCAAUUUAUUUGAAAGCUUUUUAUAAUAAUUUUCAACACUGUUAUUUUAUACAUGUUGAAUGUCAUAUUUCCCCAUUAUAAUAUCAUAAAUAUGACAAUUAUUAGCAUUCAUGGAAAGCACACAAACCAGUUAAAGAAAAUGUUGGUUGUAACAUAGCCAUUAUGUUACAUUAAAUUAGUUUUUGAAGGAAAUGUUAAAUUCUUAAAUAAAAAAAAAAUAGUAUAUAGAAAGAGAGAAUUUAAAACAUCACAUUUUGCUUUACAGACUAUUUUGCUGCAAAAUCUUUACUUGAAUCCACAAAAUGCAGCUCUCACGGCUGAUGGCUCACACAGUGAGUAUAGUAAAGCAUGCUCAUACCAUCAUUAUCCACCUUAGUUUCUUGUAUUUCUUUCAGAAAUUAUUCUAUCUUUAAAUAAUUUAAUUGGUCUUUAACUCAUGUUAAUUACAAACUUUAAUAUUAAUAAUCAAGAGCUAUUAUCAAUGGAAAAUAUCAACCAUAUGCUUCUUUCUUAAAUUCUUGACUGUCUAAAAAGCAUAAUGAGAACAACAAAUUUUGUUAUCCAGUUAUGUUAGAUGAUGUCCAGGCCCAACAAGAGUAUGAUGAGUUCUUCGAAGAAAUUUUUGUGGAGUUAGAAGACAAGGUAUUGAUUUCACAGUGUUUCUACUUUGUAUUUUUUCAAAUUGCCAAUGGCUGAUUUUGGUCAAAAUAAAUGCUUAAAAUAACAAAAAUUGGGGGGGGGGUCCUUUUUCAGAGAAAUUACAAUGAUUCAUGAUUUGUUCCACAUCAAUAAGAUAUAUUGUCCUCUUUUUUUUAAAUCCUUUAUAUUAACUUCACUUUUGCUCGUGGCUGGGUGUUGGACUAGCAAAAUCUUAAGACAGCUAAUUGACUCACUUCCUGUCACCCUAUCAAGCUGAAACUUGGCACAUAGACUAGUUGCAGAUGAAAAAACAUUCUAUCAAAUUUUCAGCCUUAGACCCUUACCCAAUUUUUUAAGUGGAACAUGAAGGAAAAUUCUUGAUAAUUGCACUAAAUGAGAUUUUUUUUUUUUAAUAUCGCAAUAGCAUUUUUUUUGCAUAAUAUUUUCUUUUGUUAAGGAUUUAUACAGAAAACAUGCUUAGGGGUUGUUUAAUUUUCUUCGAGUUGAUACUUAACUAUUUCUGCAAUCCCAUACUUUUACUAUUUUUUUAUUUGCCUUUGUUUUUCUUUUUUUUCUUUAUAACUUAUAUAUUAUAUUUGUAAUAAAACUGCUGAAUUUUUAUUUUUUAGUAUGGAGAAAUUGAAGAAAUGAAUGUCUGUGACAACCUUGGUGAUCACUUGGUGGGCAAUGUCUAUGUCAGGGUAUGUACACUGUAGCAUCACAUGAACCCUUUAUGUCAUGAUUAAAUGCUAUCUACUCCAUUUAUCUUUCAUUUUAAUUUGUAUGGUUAAAUUUUAUUUGAUUUCAAGAGACGAUGAUGCUGUAGUGAUGUUUUCUAUUUUAUUAAAUAACCGUUUUAUUGAUUAUCAUAUGGGAAAGCGUGCCAUGGAUGUAAUGUGACAUGGAUGUAGACUAUUUGUUAACAUGCAUCAGGGUAUAUAUUGUAUUUUGAUUUUUAAAAUCUUGAAUAAAUCUUAUAUUAGCUAUAUUAAAAUAAAAUUGUAUCUUACUAUUAUAUAUUGUCCAUUUGAUUAUUUAAUUAAAAGUGGUUUUCAAGCUAAAAGAUAUCUGUAAGGUAGCACAUUAAAGCAGUUAGUAUACUAUUAUUUUAUUCCUGUUUAAUUGUAAGCAUUGUGAUAUUUAUAAAUAUUCCUGUUCAUUUGUUUAAAAUAAGUGAGUGACAAAUGAAAUUGUAAUAUAAAAAAAUAGUUUGAAAUGUUAGACAGGCAUCUUGUCCAACAGUAAAAGAUUUGAGUCUACAUUUUUAAAAGUUUUUUUUUUUUUUAGAUAUCAAUCUUUUUUUUAAACAAAAAAAAAAAUUGAAAUUAAUUGUAAAUUUUUUUUUUUUUUGGGAAAAAAAUUUUCUUGCUUCAUUUGUAAUGGUUUUGCACAUUUUUAUUAAAGAUUUGAGUCUAUAUUUUUAAAAGUUUUUUUUUUUUUUUAGAUAUCAAUCUUUUUUUUAAACAAAAAAAAAAAUUGAAAUUAAUUGUAAAUUUUUUUUUAGUUUGGGAAAAAAAUUUGCUUGCUUCAUUUGUAAUGGUUUUGCACAUUUUUAUUCUCAAGUUCCAUAAAGAGGAAGAUGCAGAGAAGGCUGUUGGAGAGUUGAACAAUCGUUGGUUUAACCAAAGGCCAAUACACUGUGAACUUUCACCUGUAACAGACUUCAGGGAGGCCUGCUGUAGGCAGUAUGAGAUGGGGUGAGUUAAAAUUGCAAUCAGUGCUCUAAUCAUUUUAAUUUUUCAUCAUCAUCAUCAGUGUUGCUACAGCCCAUAUAGGGCCCUGGCCUGCUCUACCACAUCCUUUCAUUCGGAUCAACCCAUGACUUUCCGCCUCCAUGCCUGAACCCCCAACUGGUGUAAAACUUCUCUACAUCUUAGAGCCGUCUGCCCCUAGGCUUCUACCUGUAUAUCACUUUUGCUGCACUACAAUCCGGCAUCCUUUCAAUAUGUCCUGCCCAUUGCAGUUUGCCCUUUUUUAUUGUUGCAACUAUCGGUGGAUCUUCGUACAAUUGGUAUCGCUCUUGGUUUGUACGGAUUCUCCUGACAUCAUUGUCUAUCACCGGGCGAUAUAUUUUCUGAGGAUUUCUCUCUCCCGCUUAUUGAGCAGGCUCUCUGCUUUUCUGGUAAGGGAACAAGUCUCACUAUCGUAAGUUACUACUGGUCUUAUGAUAGUCAUGUAUAUUGUCUUCUUUGUUCCCCUUAAGAGGUUUUUGCUUCCCAGUAGCUUUUGUUGGCUGAAAUAGGAACGGUUGCCUGCUUUUAUCCUUUCUUUCACCUCAAACAUCUUUUCAUUGUGCUCGAUUAUAGUCACCCCCUAGAUAUUUGAAAGUAGCCACUCUCAAAUUUGUGGUUGUUUAUAUUGAUGAUGUCAUCAGCGUAGGUGUUUCUUGACAUCAUAUAUGUUGUCUUUGUUUCAUUUACAUCAAGACCAGUUUUGACUGAGGCAUUUUUAAGUUCUCUGAAUGUUUUAAUUAUGUAAUUUAUGUAUGGUUUCACUGAAUGCUUCCAAUAACUUUUUCUAGCGUGAUGUUAAACAGGAUACAUGAUAGUAAAUCUCAUUGUCUGAGGCCCUGAAUAACUGGGAACUCCCUUGAGUAUUCUCUCUAUAUCUUGAUUCUACUUUUGGAAUUAGCCAUCGUCAUAUGUAUGAGCCGAGUAAGCUUGUUAGGGACUCCAAGUUCUUGAAGAACAUUGUAUAGGUACUUCCUGUCUACGCUAUCAUAUGCUGUUUUGUAAUCCAUAUAUAGUUGGUGUAUGUCGAUGUUAUAUUCGUAGCAUUUCUCCAGGAGACAUCUGGUAUAAAAAUAUGAUCUGCAGUUGACCUAUUCUGCUGGAAUCUGCAUUGGUAGUCCCCUAGGAUCUGUUCAGUAUACCUUUCCAGUUUUCGUACUACACUUUUUUUGAGGACUUUGUACAUUACUUUUAGGAGGGAGAUUCCUCUAUAGUUUGAGCAUACCAACUUUGAUCCUUUUUUGUGUAUUGGGAUUAUGAGUGCAGUGUCGCAUUCUAAUGGCAUUUCUUCCUCCUGCCAGAUUCUGGAUAUGAGGUUGUUUAAUUUUUAGUCAUGUUUUUUAUAAUAAUUAAUGGUUCAUUUUUAAAUGAGAAUUCUUAAUAUAAAAGUACAGUUUAAAUGAACUUUCCUUAACAGAGAGUGCACCCGUGGAGGCUUUUGCAACUUCAUGCACCUGAAGCCCAUUUCUCGUGAACUCAGAAGGGAACUUUAUGGUCGAAGUGGACGCAAGAAGGGCAGAAAGUAAGGAUAUUAAUUUAUUUUUUAAACAUCUCCUUUUUAAGAAGUUAUUAGUUCCCAAAAUGUAUCAAGGGAACUAAAUUUGUUACAACUUUAUCAUAGAAGCUUUAUUGUGGAUUAGAUUUGAUUUCACAUUUAUUUUUGUUGAAGUUCAUUGUUUGUGAAAGGCCAAUUGUUUAUGUUCUUAGAUCAAGAUCAAGAUCUCCACCAACAAGCAACAGUGGCAGAAGAGAAUCCAAGGGCAGCAGAGACAGGGAGGAGCGCAAUAAUAGUUCCCGUGAAAAUGGCAGACCUGAGCGGGAGCGUGGUGGCAGAGGAGGCGGGGGAGGCGGAGCAGAGCGUGGUGAUCGGGGUGGUGACAGACGGGAUCGCAGAAGGUCAAGAUCCAGAGAUCGCCAUGGCAGAUAUUGAGCUUUUAGUGUUUUGGGAGAGGGGUAAAUGGUCAGGGUCGAAUGUUAUUGUGAAGACUUUUACAUUCAUAUUUUUGCUUUCAGUAUUGCAGAAAAUGGAGAAGGAUUAUUCCUGUUGGGGCAUAGAAUUGAAAAUUAUCUUGUCAAUUAGUAUUGUUUUGUAACAUUUAAGAGAUUUUAAGUUUUGCACUGCAUUUUAAUGGUUUUAUUACACUUUGAAUACAAGUGAAAAAACUUAAUUAAACUAUGAUAGAGAGAAUGUUUUUUUAAUUUACAUACAUUUUCAGCAGAACGGGGCGGUAUUUGAAGGAUUUUAUUGGUGAACUUACAGAAAAGCUUGCAAGUGCCACACAUAAGCAUUGUCCUUCAUUUCAAAUCUUUUCAAUACUUAGGCACUUAAUAUGUUUCUACUGACCAUAAGAGUUCAUCUAAUCAUCCAGUGAGGCUGUUAUUAGUAGCUUAACAUAAUCAUUUUCAUUUAUGUUUUAUCUGAAAAAGUUAUUUUUUUUAGUUUUUAAUCAGUGGCCCUCAAACUUGCCAUAAAGUUUAUCUGAUCACAGUGACUAUUGAACCUUGACAUCAACAUUUGUUUAUAUUAACAAAAAAAAAAAAAGCAUCAAAUAAUUAAUAAUAAAUUUAGAUUAAAUCUCUUUCCAUAUUCCCAAAUAGAUCCUUUUCAAUGAUCGAACAGUUUAAGUUUAAGACACUUUGCUUUAGAAGAUGUAGAAAUCCUCUACUUACUAUUCAUAACGUGACAUCUGAUGUUCACCAGUAUUUAAUUCCUCCAAUUGAAACAUUUAUUUUAUUUGGAGAAAUAUUGUUGUUUUUGCAUAGAGCAUAUAGAUUAACUAAUAAAUAAUUUUAAAUGGUAACUACCCCUGUGGAGUUAAUGUAAAUUAAUUUGACAACAUUGUUUCUUAUUUUUACUGGAUAAGCUAAGAGUCAAUCAAAAAGUUCAAUUUUUUAGUUGCUUUGAAAUUGUUACCUUUUUUUUUUAUUUGGUAAAAAUGGCUGUCAAAUAAUACAUAGACUUAACAAUCAUCUUUUUUUGUCUCUUCAUCAAACCAAAUAAAUACUUCUCAAAAUUAUUCCUUUCCAUUCACCAUUUAAUAUAAUAAAUAUGAUUUUGUUUAUCUUAUAUUUGAGUGUUCUACGGAGCAUUAUUAUUUUUUGAACUAUUGAUAGUUAUCUCACCUGACAUUACCUUCAUUCUCUAUUUUUUUAUGUUGUCAAAAGUUUUCCGUUACAAUAAAAUAAAAAUUGUGGCAAUGC